GCUCACACAGAAUCUGCAAACCCAAUCAUCAAAUAUCUCUUCACGCUUCUCAUCUCUCUCUCUCUCUCUCUCUCUCUCUCUCUCUCUCUCUUGUGCGUGCGCGGAGGGUGCUGCCAUCUGUGUGUGCUUUUCUGCUUCCAGUUUGCUUUUGUUUUGCCCAUUUUUGGUGUGAUUUUGUGCUUCUUGUUCAUUCACGGACUAGCAAAUCAUUGAUCUUUUUAAUCACUUUGUUCUUGUUUCUAGAUUUCUUGAUCUGGGUUCGUUGCAGUCCCUUCAAAGACCGUGUCUUUUUUACUAUAACAACACUUUGGAACUUGUUUCAGCUUCUUCUCAGAAUCUUGGGAUUGAACAUUAAUCUGCGCUUUGGUGGGUUUCGAGUAUCUGUUCCGCACAUGGUUUAACAGAUUGAUUGUGAUGGGUUUCUUGGUGUAAAAUAAUGGGGCGGGGUCGAGCCAAGGGAAAGAAUCUUUCUGUGACUAAUCAAGACGAUCCUGGGAGUGGUGAGGAAGAAAAAAUUCCUGCUCAGAAGAGAAGGGGAAGACCGCAGAAACCACUUAAAGAUGAAAUUGAUGACGAUGAAGCUCAAAGAAUAGAAGAUGACGACAGUGAGGAAGCAACUGGUGCACCAAACAAAGACUUGAAAAAUAGAACUGUGACACAGAAUGGGAAAAAGAGAAAAAGGAACGGUCAAGUGAAGGAGAAAGUUGAUGUAGUGAUAGAGGAAAAUGGAAAUGAAACAAAACCAAGCACCGAGGAACUGAAAAAAUCAAAUGGUUUUCGUCCAAAUGGGAACAGGCGUAAGAACAAGCCCCGUCGGGCUGCUGAGGCAGUUGUUGAGUGCAACUGAGACAGUGAUUUGCUGCUGAAACAGUGACUCUUUCUCAGAAUAGCGCAUGGGCCAGUGGAAGUGAGACCCUUGACAUCUCUUCUUUAGUUCUUCCAGUAUUACUUGCACUUUCUAUGCAUUUUAUUUGGGAUUCUUUCAACCUCGGACUUGUUUUUUUGGCUGAUCAUACUUCUAAUGCUCUUCAAUGUACCCAUACUAUGUGAGACAUCGUACCAUGUAAAAAUGAAAUCUUCUUCUUGUUUGAUGCCUGAAGUCUCUGCCAUUCAAAACAAA